UCCUUACUGUGCAGAGAAUCUGCAUGAUAUCUCGGCAUAUCACGCGUACAAACUACGCGGGGAUAAACUAAAACGUCCCCUUGUGGGACGAUCCGAGCGUUCUUUCGCAGAAAUGCUAAAGAAAGCUACGCCACCAACCUCAACAAACAUCUACGCUCACUUGCUUCCUAACGAGGGCGAGGCUGAUGACCCACAAGAGGGAACAUCUACUAGGGCGCCUAGAAGUUAUAGGAAGAGGAGGAACAUUCCCUCUCCUAAAGUUCCUUGUAAAGGCCAGAAGGUAUCUCUUGACGGGGCUCCGAAAGUCACAUCUAUUGGAAGUGUUGCAACCAAACCGAAGCAAUUAGCUCCUGGUCUCGGAGAAUUAAACUCAGAGAAGGAGUUCCCAGCACUUCCCGGAACAUCAAAAAUCCCAAGUGUUCCUCUGUUUCAGUUCGAGAAUAAUCGCGGUACUGGAAUUAUCAAACUCUCGGACAUUGUGGACUGGAUAAUAAAAACUUUCAAUAUAACUAUAACUGAUCCUACUAAAAGUCUUAUGUUAGCUUUUCUCCCUACAGUAAGAACAUUUUUGAUGCAGUUGACUGCUAAAUGGCCCCUCCUUUCAGCGAUUGUAGCCUUCGAUGGCUAACUCAUCGAACGAGGUCACGGAUUUGAUCACUGUUUUACAGUGGAAUUGCAGAAGUAUCAUCCCGAAAAUCGAUUCCUUCAAAAUUUUAAUAAAUAGUUUGAGUUGCGAUGCAUUUGCAUUAUGUGAAACUUGGUUAACUUCAGAUAUAGAUCUCAACUUCCACGAUUUUAAUAUUAUUCGCCUGGAUCGAGACACCCCCUAUGGAGGAGUGCUUUUGGGGAUCAAAAAGCGCUAUUCCUUCUACAGAAUUAACCUUCCCUCGAUAACAGGUAUUGAAGUUGUCGCUUGUCAAGUAACAACCAAAGGCAAAGAUCUUUGCAUAGCUUCCAUAUAUAUUCCCCCCAACACCGCGAUUGGGCAUCGCCGGCUACAUGACAUCAUAGAAUCCCUGCCUGCACCGCGACUAGUUUUAGGGGACUUUAACUCUCACGGUACGGAAUGGGGUUGCCUUUAUGAUGAUAACCGUUCCUCUUUAAUUCACAAUAUUUGCGACAACUUCAACAUGACAAUUCUAAACACGGGUGAAAUGGGUGAUUCCUCCCCCACCAGCGCGCCCAAGCGCAUUAGAUUUAUCCCUUUGCUCGACUUCGCUACAGUUAGAAUGCGCGUGGAAGGUAAUCCCUGAUCUCCACGGUAGCGACCAUCUGCCGAUCGUAGUCUCAAUCAAUAACGGCUCAAGGCCAUUGGAAACAAUCAAUAUUUCGUAUGACCUCACACGAAAUAUCGAUUGGAAGAGCUAUGCUGCCGCGAUAUGCGACAACAUCGAAUCUACUCAAGAACUUCUUCCGGAGGAAGAGUACAGUUUUUUGGCUGGCUUGAUUCUCGACAGCGCGAAUCAAGCUCAGACUAAGCCAGUACCCGGCGCGAACAUACAAAAACGUUCUCCCAAUCCCUGGUGGGAUAAAGAGUGCUCAGACGUGUACGCAGAGAAGGCCGCCGCGUUUAAGACCUUCCGGAACGACGGGUUACCCGCUAGUUUCCGACAGUACGCGUCGUUAGACAAGCGAAUGAAGAGUUUGAUGAAAGCCAAAAACGCGGUUAUUGGCGCCGGUUCGUCGACGGAUUAACGAGAGAAACAUCGAUGAGCACUCUUUGGGGAACAGAUCGACGUAUGCGAAACCGAAACAGUACUAAUGAGAGCGUGGAAUAUUCAAACCGUUGGAUAUUCGAUUUCGCCAAGAAGGUUUGUCCGGAUUCCGCCCCGGCACAGAAGAUCUACCGUGGUCUUUCAGCGACUUUAAACAACUUUUUACUAAACUAGUUGUCGAAAAAGCACAUGCAUUUUUCGCAUGGUGACUUAUCGACAUCACGAUUUAGCUAUAUGGGCCUUCCCCAGGGUUCAUGUCUAAGCCCCCUGUUAUACAAUUUCUACGCCAACGACAUUGAUGAAUGUCUUGACAAUUCCUGCACGUUAAGACAACUUGCAGACGAUGGCGUGGUGUCUGUUACGGGACCCAAAGCUGUCGAUCUACAAGGACCAUUACAGAAUACCUUGGACAAUUUGUCUGCAUGGGCUAUUAAACUGGGUAUCGAAUUCUCCACGGAGAAAACUGAGCUAGUUGUAUUUUCUAGGAAGCGUGAACCAGCACAACUACAGCUUCUAUUAAUGGGUCAAACUAUAGCUCAGGUCUUCACAGUAAAAUAUCUAGGGGUCUGGUUCGACUCGAAAGGUACUUUGGGAUGCCAUAUUCGGUAUCUGAAACAGAAAUGCCAACAAAGGAUCAACUUUCUUCGUACAAUAACCGGAACGUGGUGGGGUGCCCAACCAGGAGACCUUAUUAGGUUGUAUCAAACAACGAUACUGUCGGUACUGGAAUACGGAUGCUUCUGCUUUCGAUCCGCCGCGAACAUACAUUUCAUCAAACUCGAAAUAAUUCAGUAUCGUUGUUUGCGUAUCGCCUUAGGGUGCAUGCAGUCGACCCAUACGAUGAGUCUCGAAGUCCUGUCGGGCGUUCUCCCGCUGAAAAAUCGAUUUUGGGAACUCACAUAUCGAUUGCUCAUUCGAUGCGAUAUUUUGAACCCGUUGGUGAUUGAAAAUUUAGAAAGGCAUGUUGAGCUCAAUUCUCAGACCCGUUUUAUGUCCCUGUACUUUGACUACAUGACGCAAAAUAUUAAUCCGUCUUCCUACAAUCCCAACCGUGUGCUUUUCAUAAAUACUUCUGAAUCUACUGUUUUCUUCGACACAUCCAUGAAAGAUGAGAUUAUUGGAAUUCCGGACCACAUACGCCCACAAGUGGUUCCAAAUAUUUUUUAUAAUAAAUUCCGAGAAGUCGACUGUUCUAAGAUGUUUUAUACUGACGGAUCAAACCUCGAAGGGUCCACUGGCUUCGGUAUUUUUAAUCAAAAGUUCACCGCCUCCUACAAACUCAGUGACCCCGCUUCAGUUUACGCCGCAGAACUAGCUGCUAUUCAGUAUACCCUUGGAGUCAUUGACACAUUACCCGCAGACCAUUACUUAAUCGUCUCGGAUAGUGUGAGUUCUAUUGACGCUAUUCGCUCGAUGAAACAUGGAAAGCAUUCCUCGUAUUUUUUGGGGAAAAUACGGGAGCUACUGAGUGCUUUAUCUGACAAAUCUUUCCAGUUUACCUUGGUGUGGGUCCCUUCUCAUUGCUCCAUUCCGGGCAAUGAGAAGGCGGACUCCUUAGCUAAGGUGGGUGCCAUUGAAGGUGACGUUUUUGAAAGACCAAUUUGCUUCCACGAAUUUUUCAGUAUUAUUCAUCAGAGAACCCUCGAAAGUUGGCAAACCUCGUGGAGCAAUGGGGUGCUAGGAAGGUGGCUACAUUUGAUAGUCCCUAAGGUAUCAACGAAACCUUGGUUCAAGGGGAUGGAUGUGGGUCGUGACUUCAUUCGUGUGAUGUCCCGACUCAUGGUGAACCAUUACACGCUGGAUGCACAUCUCUGACGUAUUGGGCUCGUGGAGAGUGGUAUCUGCGCUUGUGGCGACGGUUAUCACGAUAUAGAGCACAUAGUCUGGGCGUGCACCGAGUACAGUUCCGCCAGGUCUCGGCUUAUGGACACCCUCCGGGCCCGAGGAAGACCACUCAACGUCCCGGUUCGAGAUGUGUUGGCAAGCCGCGAUGUCAUCUAUAUGUCCCUUAUAUACACCUUCAUAAAAACCAUCAAAAUCCAACUUUAACUGCCCCUUUUUCCUUAUCAUUCUCAGAAGCGCUCUCUUCCACCUGUACCAUACACCCACGAUGGUUUGAUGCAACUCCAAGGCGACACAAAACAUCCCUGUCGAAUGAGCCAACAAACACGGGACCUAACGCACGAACAUCACACGCACAACUCGAAAUGUAGCCGAUCAACAUCUGAGCCGCACUACGAAAUCGUCUGGAGAAACCCCUGCCUUUUUUAGAACGACCACCCGGCGUCCCAGUACAUGAUUCUUCCUGAUGAAGGCCACCCUGAUUCUGUAAUCCAUUCGUUGAUCUCCCGAAGCCUGAAACUGAAAUAAUGUUCUCCCCCUGCCAUCUUUGUCCACCCUACUUCCCCUGACUCUUAUACACAGAAGUAGCACCCCUCCCCCCACCAAAUAUCUUCAUGAAGCAUUUAGCUCUUCUUGCUAUUUCUUGUUUUAACUAUUAUAUUAUAUAAUCUCGUUGAAAAUGCCCAACUCUACUACCACAUAAAAUAACUCUAAUUAAUGACCCCGAAUCUUUACAAAAUUUUAUUAUUUCUACUUUUAAGAUAGUCGUAAAAAAAUUUUCCCCUUAGUUAAACAUUAUUUGCUCCAAUAAUCUCAUUGCUAAAAAUGUCAAACCAUAUUGCCAUAAAAACUAAAUGACCCCCUAAUCUUACGAAAAUUAUAUUACCCCCUUGUGUAUAUGUAUAGCUAUAAAUUAGCCUUAGUUAAAUUUAAAAAAUCAAUAUGUAAUCCCCUAGUUUUAAGUAAUUAAAAAUGUAAAACAAAACAAAAUUGGCACCUUUAAGCUAACGCAAA